AGUACACCACUGCGGUGACGAAGGCGAAGGUGCGAUCGGGGCACGCAGCCCUGUGCUCCAGCCGGGUACCGAUCCCGUCGGUGACGUAUCUGAACACCGCGACUCUGGUGAAUUGCGACCUGGAGGUUUCGAGACUGUACAAGGUGUACGUGUACAUCGAAGAUGAUUUGAUGCAGGUCCCGGCGGACGGAAAACUCCAUUUGCCGGCGUUGGAGCUGGUCACGAACAGUCGCUACUUGUCGAAUUUUUUCACAGUCUACCCGUAUUUCAACCAAUUAACGUUGACAGCCGACGUCUCCCCUACCGUCGUACGGUUCAACUAUGCGGCAAACAACACCGGAAGAAUCUACGCCGGCUUGCUGUUAGAAGAUUCGGCAACAGACCAAAAGUGCGGCUCGUACGACUUGGAACCGGUUGGGUUUAAGCAAGACGUCCCGCCCUUCCUCUGUGGCGCGUACGGGAAGGAGGUGAGAGUCGCCACGGGGCAGUUUGUGAUCGAUCAGGCGGUGGAGAACAUUCCGAUCAGCACCGUGGAACUGGAAAAUUGCAACCUCGUGGGUGGAAAGUCGUACAAUCUGUAUGUCUACGUGGAAGACUACAACCCGGUGACGAACUACUUCGCCGGAGCGAUGUCGGACGCCGUAGAGAUCAACAUUCCCGUGUCCAAUUCCUUCGGCCAAGCCGACAUUGUCGACGACACAACCGCGAUUUCUGCGGGUGGAGUCACUACCGACGGCCUGACGUUCGCGGUGACAAUCAGCAACAAAGGGUUCGGCUGGGCGGAGAUUUUCGAGUCCGCGAACAUCCAGACGAUCGACAUCGCGGAGAUGAAGUCCGGUCGGUUCGCCGUCGGGAGCUCGAGCUGCAGGGUCAGCGGGACGGCGUACAACAGUUCGUUCGAACUCACCGAAAAUGGGACGAGCGUGCUGAAAACAACUGACCCCGAAAACGGUGUUUACAACUGGACGCUGUCCGGGUGUUCGCUAACUCGGAAGCAGCCCUACAGCUACUACCUCUACGUGGAGGACGAACGGCAAAAGUCGGACGGAACUUUGCUCGGCCCGUUUGCGCUCCCGUUGCGGGAUUACUCCAACUACUUUCGGGCCGAUAUCGAAUACUACGGAAAGCCGCACCUCCGGGGGACGCCAACGAGGGACCGGUUUGCGCUCGGCUUCACGCCGGAGUUCAACGGGAAAAUUUGGUGUUUAGUCGUGGAUGAUGCUUCAACUAUCCCGAGCUACCUGGCUUUCGUGAACCAAACACAAGCGAAAACCAGCGCGGAAGUCGCCAAGGGGGUGAAGGUCACGAGCUUCACCUCAGACGCGGGUUUGAUCCUUGCCCGCGUCGACAAUGUUGAAGUAAAAGCCGGGGUUUUGCAGGAAGUAGAACUACUCGGGAGUUUCGAAUUAAGCAAGAACUACACGGCUUUCUUCUACCUCGAAGACGAAAACGGGCUCAACGACGGCUCUCUCCACCGCUUACCCGCAAUCACCAUCCCGGCGAAGAUCGAUUCGAUUAAUUUUUUCCACACCUUUCCCUACUUGUGCAACACUCCGACUACGGACGGCAUCGAGUUCAAGUUUGCGGCGAACCAAACCGGGUAUCUGUGGGCCACGCUUUUCGGCUCGGAGCAUUUACACCACGGCAUCACGGAUGCGAAGUCGGUCAAGUACCGGAGCGGAAAUGUGCAACCGAUGUUGGAAUGCUUUCUGAGCGCAGUGCCGAUAACGGCUAGCACCGGAGAUACAACAGCGUCCAUGACAACAUUGAACUUUACCAGCUGCUCACUUUACGCAGGGAAGGAGUACAACGUUUUGGUCUACAUCGAAUCGGAGGAGCUGGAGCUCGAUGCAAACGGAACAGCAGUCGCGAACUCCUUCCUGCAGCUCGAUUCGGACGGCACGCCCGGGAACGGGACCCUCGCACCCAUGUUCAACUUCAAGGUGCCGAUUUCGAACAACUUAACAGCCUACCAACUCUCCACGAUUCCCACGUACACGAAGCUAACUGGGUCGGAGUUCGACGUUUCUGUGACUGCGGAGAAGACUGGGAGGGUUUGGGUCGCGGUUUUCCCGAUUUCUGUCUUCAUCGCGUACUUCCCGAUGGGCAUGGGCACUCUGAGCUCCGAUGGGGUCGUCGACACGAGUAGCGGAAUGCACAGCAGUAGUUCAGUAUCCUCCUACAGACGGCAGCUGCAGUACAGCUACGGCAGUUCUUCUUCUUCCAGUUCGGCGUCCUACUCCGCUGCGUCCUCCUCCGUCACGCCGAGCUACAGCUCGCCGACGACGUCUAGUUCGUCAAUAGCAGCUUCGAGUACCUCUAGCGCGAGCUCAUCCAGUGGUUACUCCUCUUCCGGCGGCACGGCAGUGAUCAAUUACAUCAGCUCUGGUUACGACGCGGCGGCCGCGGCCGCGACGACCACCACGAC